UUUAUUUUGAAAAACGUAACUUAUCAGGAAGCACAGUUAAAUACAACUCAUCUCCUGAUGUCCUCUUGCAAAUUUCUGAAUACGAUGAUUUCGACUACUGAAUUGUUAAAGAAAAUCUGGAUGUAGUUUUGCAAACUUUUGAAAACAAUCAUGGCGAAAAAAAAUUGGGCUGAUUGGUCGGAUAUUUUAAAAAGGAGGCUAGCAAACGCAAACCGAGAUGAAAGGAGCCAAGAAGAAAAGAAAUCUGAAGAAAUGGAUCUGUUCAGCAAAUAUUAUUCUGAAUGGAAGGGCGGAAGUGACAAAAACAAAUCCUACAAGAACAUUCCUCGAUUCUACUUUAGGCUACCAGCUGAAGAUGAAGUUUUACUCCAGAAACUGAGAGAAGAGUCUAGAGCGGUCUUCCUGCAGAGGAAGAGCAGAGAACUGUUGGACCAUGAGGAACUCCAGAAUUUGUGGUUUCUGCUUGAGAAGCACCAAGUGCCUCCAGUGAAUAGUGAAGAGGCCAUGAUCAGUUACGAAGCCUAUCUCGAGGUGGGUGACCUGGCUGGGCCCAAGUGCAACAAAUUCUUCACAGCCAGAGUGUAUGCCAAACUGCUCCACAGCGACCCCUACGGCAGGAUCUCGAUCAUGCAGUUCUUCAAUUACAUCAUGAGGAAAGUGUGGCUUCAUCAGACCCGGAUUGGCCUGAGUCUCUAUGAUGUGGCGGGACAGGGCUUCCUCAGAGAGUCUGAUCUGGAGAACUAUAUUUUGGAGUUGAUCCCCACACUACCUCAGCUGGAUGGACUGGAGAAGUCUUUUUACUCUUUUUAUGUCUGUACUGCUGUCCGCAAGUUUUUCUUUUUCCUUGACCCGCUUCGUACUGGAAAGAUUAAAAUCCAGGACAUCUUGGCUUGCAGUUUUCUGGAUGAUUUAUUAGAGUUAAGAGAUGAGGAGUUGUCGAAAGAGAGUCAAGACUCCAACUGGUUCUCGGCACCUUCAGCUCUUAGAGUGUACGGGCAGUACCUCAACCUGGAUAAGGACCAUAACGGGAUGCUGAGCAAGGAGGAGCUGUCACGCUAUGGCACAGCCACGCUCACCUCAGUCUUCCUUGAGCGAGUGUUUCAGGAAUGCCUCACUUACGAUGGAGAAAUGGAUUACAAGACAUAUUUAGAUUUUGUGCUGGCCUUGGAAAACAAGAAGGAGCCAGCAGCGCUGCAGUAUAUUUUUAAACUUUUAGACAUGGACAAUCAAGGAUACCUCAAUGUCUUCUCCCUCAACUAUUUCUUCAGGGCCAUCCAGGAUCAGAUGAGAGUGCACUGUCAAGUGCCUGUCUCCUUCCAGGAUGUCAAGGAUGAGAUCUUUGACAUGGUGAAGCCUAAAGACCCCUAUAAGAUCACACUCCAGGACUUGGUAAACAGUUCUCAGGGUGACACGGUCACCAGUAUCCUGAUUGACCUCAAUGGUUUCUGGACAUAUGAGAACAGAGAGGCACCUGUUGCCAAUGACUGCGACAGCACAAACACAGCCAAUAAUGAUGACUCCUAAACAAAAUGAUCACUGGUCCUCAGCCUUUAUUUCUGCCAUGGUUCACACAAAUGAAUGUUUUCCCACAGGGGUGACGCUAUUAAAAAAACAUCUCUGCCAUUUUAUUGCAUUUAAAUCACCAGUUUUAAAACAUAUGAACUGAAAACGAAGGUAACUCGAGUACUUAAACAUUUUAUGUGCGUUAACUACUUUUUAAAAAAAAAAUGGAAAGGAUGAAAAGACAAAAUGGUUUCAAUUUACUACUUAACAGUACAACAAAUGUAGUUUACGAAAUAAGGCAGGGAAAAUUGCCCGAAUAGGAAUAAUGAAUUUGCCAAGAAAUGUUUUAUAAAUGGCGGCCCAGUGGUUAGCGCGUAGACCUCACAGUGCAGCGGUUCAAUUCCAGCUCCCGCCUCCCUGUGUGGAGUUUGCAUGUUCUCCCCGGGCUGUGUGGGUUUUCUCCGGGUACUCCGGUUUCCUCCCACAUUGCAAAAACAUGCAUGGCAGGCUGAUUGAACACUCUUAAUUGUCCCUAGGUGUGAUUGUGAGCGUGGAUGGUUGUUCGUCUCUGUGUGCCCUGCGAUUGGCUGGCAACCGGUUCAGGGUGUCCCCCGCCUACUGCCCGAGGACAGCUGGGAUAGGCUCCAGCAUCCCCCGCGAACCUUGUGAGGAUAAAGUGGAUUGGAAAAUGGGUGGAUAGAUGUUUUGUAAAUGUCAUUUACUCCAUGUUAAUGUGGAAAAACCGCCACCCAAGCGAUGGUGAUGGACUUGUCAGAAUAGCUCAGCUGCACAUUCGGUCAUUUUUUUACUUCUUACUAUUACAUUCUGUUUACGUCUCCAACUUUGUAACCAAAAAAAAAAAAGAAGAACAAGCGGGACUGGCUACUGGUCACUGUGUCUGGUCAAGUAAAAAUGCUCAUGGCUCCCUGCUGGCCACUGUAAUAUCAUGAUUCUCAAUCACAUAAUAAUCCAGUCCUACGUAUACAGUAUUGACCUUUGGGAGGUCAUCGACAGACUAACAUAUAGGCGCUGCAAAAAAAUGAAACUUUUUUUUUUCUUUGUCUCUGUGCCGCACACCAAUGGUUGGGGACAACUGUGUUAGAUGUUUGCACUCCUCAAUGCUUUGUGGCUUCUGAUCCUUCUGGGCAAGAUGUAUUUAGAUCUUGAGCUAUAUUUCUCAUUUUCACUGUAUAAAAGUACAUGCACUUUCUGAAUUUACCUAAAUAAAUAUCCUUCUUGACAAUG